GUGUGUGUGUGUGGAAGGGGGACUCUGGGCGUUAGUUUGAGGAAGCUGUGGUCAGAUGUAAGCAGGUCGCUGGGUGGGGAAACAGAGAGAGAUGAGAGAGACAGAUUAGUCCAGAUUGGAUGAGAACUGAGACACAGCUCUGCAGGUCUUUCUUCACAGCGUCAUUUACGCUCACCGAACACAAGAUGAGUAAAUGUUCCGCUGCGUGCUCAGACCAGGCAAAUGUUAAAACAGUGUCUGAAGCUGAUACUGAGAACCUGAGAGCCCAGAACAGACAAGGACCGGCACAUGACAGAACACACCGGCAGGACACCAGAGAGCGCCCUCUCUCAGACUCCACUUCUAAUGCCAACCCACGUUCUCAUCAGCGACGGUGGUCCGUCGGCUGUGCUGCCUCCCCCAUCAUUACUGUGAGGAAGAACAAGAGUGAACCACUUCCUCCUCAGCGUGGAGUAUCCCUCCUCCGACCCCAUGCGGCAUCCCAUCGUUCAUCCAAACGCUACUCCUGCCCCCAUCCUGGGGUCUUUAGUUCACCAACUCACCCAGCCUCCUCUUCCUCUUCAUCCUCCACGUCUUCCUGCUCCUCUCCGCCUCCUGUCCAGACAUCUGUCAUCACCGGACACGACCCACUGGGCUGGAAGUUGGGUCCCAAGUCCAGCUCCUCCUCUCCCCGGUGUCGCACCAACAGGCUGUCUCUGCAGAUUCCCCUCCCUGUCGUUAUUCAUGAACCUGAAUCUAAUCCUGAACCGAACUCUCAAUCAGUCAACGCUGCUAAUCCAGAUCCCUCUCCUAAAGGCAAACCCCCUCUCAGACCCAAACCACCACGUCGCCGCCACUCCGACUCGUCAGCCUUCCUCAGAUCUCUGGCGAUCCCUCGGCCUGUGGUGACACUUCAGGAGCUCUGUAGCGUGCACCUCCGCCCGGUCACCCCUCUGGAUGAGUCUGAUGACGUGUUCGGCAAAGAGGAGGUGAAGGUGACAAGAAAGACACCCCCACCUGUUCCAGAAAAAACCUCCAUGGCAAAACAAAUAGCGCAAUUGAUGGCUCAUUCACAGCAACACUGUGGACGUGUGGAAAGUACUAACACUCGUGUUAUAAAGCCAAAACCUAAACAUCCACAACACACUGAGGACCACAGCAGCCUGAAGGCUGGAAACACGGCAGGGCUGCGAGUGGAUACCGGCUGCGACAGGGAGAGGUCCAACCCACGCUUCCCUGGCUGAGGAGACAGAGAGGAGAUGUCCUGGAGCUCCAACACCACUAAUUACCAGGAACAUGUAUACAGAUUACAGUACAUGUUCUGUAACAUGAAUACAGAUUACAGCACAUGUUCUGUAACAUGUAUACAGAUUAUAGCACAUGUUCUGUAACAUGUAUACAGAUUACAGCACAUGUUCUGUAACAUGUAUACAGAUUACAGCACAUGUUCUGUAACAUGUAUACAGAUUACAGCACAUGUUCUGUAACAUGUAUACAGAUUACAGCACAUGUUCUGUAACAUGAAUACAGAUUACAGCACAUGUACUGUAACAUGUAUACAGAUUACAGCACAUGUUCUGUAACAUGAAUACAGAUUACAGCACAUGUACUGUAACAUGUAUACAGAUUACAGCACAUGUUCUGUAACAUGUAUACAGAUUACAGCACAUGUUCUGUAACAUGUAUACAGAUUACAGCACAUGUUCUGUAACAUGUAUACAGAUUACAGUUCUGCAUGUGCUGGGACAUCAUUGUACAUUUCUCUCUAAAGGUCUAAGUUUGCUCGAGUUAAAGCCUCCGACACAAACGACUUGAGUAUCACAUGAUCAUCAGCAUCAGUAUUGAUCCUCGCCGCCAAACUGUCCUGUUGAAUAUUUGGUUAAAUUCUCUUUAUUGUGGAAAUAAGACUUUGUUCUUUCUUUGUGAGUUCAAGCAAGAGUUGAGCUGUAUUCAUAUCUGGAGUUUCUACCAACCCACAAACUCCUACGUCACAUGCAGGCUCUGUAAAAUACACCACGUCUGAGUAUCUCCACCAACUGCUCGAGAACUACCUUUGCAAAGGUGCACCAUAUUUAGCUCUAAUCAGAGCGGACUGGGCUUUUUCAGGAGGGCGACUUAGAGACUGAAUACAGGUAUAUUCAGACGGACAGCAUGUGAAAUAUAAUGUGUUUGUUUUGAACAUUUAAGCGUGUAAAUAUGUUCUAGUAGAAACCAUAAAAACAUAUCCUGAGAACCAUCAUCAGGUUGUACCGCAGAUGAAGAGAACUGAGAAUCUUUUGUUCUGCAUUCUCGACCCAAAUGUGCUUCUUAUGACAACAUGUGAUCUUCUUUGUGGUGGAACUGGUACAUUUGAAUUUAAAGGCAAAAAGCACUGCUAUUGGUUGAUUGAUGGAUUAAAUGACGAACAGGAAGUGUUUGUAAUUCUUUUAUUUUCUGACAAAUAAAAGCAAAACUACAGGUUGAAGAUUUGCUGCCUGAAUAAAAUAUGUUUAGGAACAGGUGGGAUUUAAUUUCACUGGACUUGCACCUCAAAUGAUUACGUGCCAAAUAAAAUUGAUUGAUUGUUAAUGGAGUUUUUUAACUGCUAAACGAAGCCAAUCAGUUGAAACAUUACUUAGUCUCUGGUCACGUAUGAAUAUCAUUAUUUGCAAUAUUGUAUUGAUGAUUUAACCUGUUAACCGUCGAUCACAGCCCUGAACUGAUUGUGAGUGUACAGUAGGAAGAGGAUUGCUGUUUUUUUAAUAAAGUUUUAAAGAAUUCAA